AUGGGAUUCAACUUCACCUUCCUCUGCAACUUGCUGUCGGAUCUGGAGGAUGACCGGAUCGCUAAAGCAGCUUCUGGAGCGGACUUCCGGACAAUUCGACGGUGGUUUGCAAGCUAUGAUCAACACAUCAACGAUGAUGGUACAGACAGGCUAGCCUUGCUGUCAUGUAUGUUCCCAGAAAAGCGCAUUGACCGUGUGUUCUGGCUACAAGAAACCUCCUUAGCCAGGGUCAUCGGUCGCUGCUUGGGGUUAGGGUCCUCACGGCUAUCAGAAUUGGGCCAAUGGCGAAAGCCAGGGGGUCCAGAUCUGGGGGGAUGUGUCGAGAUUGUGAUGCGGCAAACGGAGAACUAUAUACCUCCAGGUCGAGAAGUCACCACUGAGGAGAUUGACAUGGCCCUUGGGAUGGUCGCAUCACGUUGUCGGUUCUCGGGCCCCGAAGUACGUCGCCAGCAGACAGCUGUCGGCGUCGAGAGAACUCUCUCCCCUUUAUACCGCCGCUUGAGUAGCCGAGAUGCUAAGUGGCUCACUCGUAUGAUUCUGAAGAGCUACGCCCCAGUCAUCAUCCCGCCCAAGCAUGCCUUGGAACGAUUCCAUUUUUUGCUCCCACAUCUCCUCCAAUUUCAAAACACUUUUGAAGGGGCCUUGGAAAUGCUGGAUCAAAAGCCCAUGAAAGAUUUCCCGCCUCAUCCGGGCCCAAAACUAGCUGCCAGCCUAUGUGCAACGGCUUUGGAAUAUCUCCAACCGCGGACGGGUAUCAAGAUUGGACGACCUGAGUACUUCAAGGCCCGCGGUAUCAAACAUUGCAUUAGCAUGACCAACAGGCGUCGAAUGAGUGUUGAACGGAAGUAUGACGGAGAGUACUGCCAGAUACAUGUGGAUCUUACAGACAAAUGCACGCCAUUUCGCAUUUUCUCCAAGAGUGGAAAAGAGUCAACCGAAGACAGGUCCGGGAUUUUCCCCAGCUUAGCGGGAUCGCUGCGGAUCGGAUCGGAAGAUUGCAGGUUUUCGCAUCGUUGUAUCCUCGAGGGCGAACUAGUUGUAUGGAGUGACAAGCGUGGAGAGAUUGCAGAUUUUCACAAACUUCGAAGAUUUCUUUCUCGCUCGGGGGUCAUGAUUGGUAUUGACAACGACUCUCCACCCCAGCCCUAUGAACAUUUAAUGAUCGUCUUCUUUGACAUAUUGGUCCUAGAUGAUGAUAUCUGCUUGAGGAAGCCUCAUCGGCAAAGAAGGUUGCUACUAAAGGAUGUAGUUAGCCCUAUUGACGGUCGAGCCCACCUCGCUCACCAGGAAAUAAUUGAUUUUGCUCAUCUCGACAGUCGCGAGCGACUUAGAGUAAACUUUGCCAAAUCCAUUGCCCAACGUUGGGAGGGCUACGUGCUUAAAGCUUCUGAUGAACCAUAUUUCCCUAUAUACGCUGCUGGUACAAAUGCCUCGUUCGGACGAUGGAUCAAGUUGAAGAAAGAUUAUAUCAAAGGUCUUGGGGAUACACUUGAUAUUGCAUUGGUUGGGGCUUACUAUGAAGCCAGAGACGCUGUCGCUCUCUCGUCACUGAAAGGACUGAAAUGGACGCACUUUUUGGUCGGAUGUUUGGUGAAUAAGGAAGCUGUUCUGGAACUUGGAGGUACUCCCCGUUUUCGAAUCAUUGACGCCCUCCAUCGGCAUUCCAUGCAUAAAGACAACCUCCAAGCUCUGAAUCAACAUGGUCAGUUUUCUGCCUGUGAUCCAGACGAAUGCCAUACAUAUACGAUUGAGUACGGGUGCAGGAAAUUAACAAAGGCUUGCGUGCUUUUCAAAAAGCCCUUUGUCGUGGAACUAAAUGGCAGUGGGUUUGAUAAGCCCUCAGGUGCUAGGUACUACACCCUUCGUCACCCGCGCAUUCUAAAGAUCUACACAGAUCGAACGUUUGAGGAUGCUGUAUCCUUCCAGGAGUUGCAGCUUCUAGCUGAUGACGCCCGCUCUGUACCAACCGAGGAGUUGUCUGAUGAGAUAGGGCAAUGGCACAAGCGAUUAAAGGUUAGCAAUGGGCUCAACAAGUAUAUCGUUCCAAGAUCACGCAGUCUAUCAUCAACAUGCAGCUCAGACUCCGACCCUGAGGGAGAUUCGAAAUCAAAGACUUCCCACGACACAUCACACGACAUCGAAGAGGAGCAAACCUCAGAAAUUAAUUCUCAUCAAAACCAAAUCCAGACUUCGGAGAAACCCGCUCGCACUCAGAGAGAGGGUGAUCCGUCAGGAACCCCGGUCAUAUACCUUGACGACACGGAUUCAAGCUCGUCUUCGAGUAGCCCUCACUGCAACGAGAACAUUUUGAUUGAAAAUGAGAAUCUAUCAUCACGACAACAUAUCAGCCAAACAAAACAUGGCAACACGCACGAGACAAGAGAUGAUGAGAACCCUCUUACAUACUACGAGUCGCAGGCGAAGACGGAGAUCCCGUUUUCAAGUCCGCAGGGCGUUUAUCACAUCUCUCCUGUCAGCGAACAAAACACCCAAUCUGACAGGCCUUUUCAAGCACCCAAAGAUGCCGAAUCGGUGUUUAUUCACAACUCUCUACAAUCACCAUUAACGACAAUUCCAGUAUACAUGCCUGGGCCCUCAGAUAUGCAUGCAGCUAAUACGUCGUGUCACUCUGGACUUCAUGAGUUUAUACAGACACUCAACUCCCCCGAUUCAAUUGCUUCUCUUGAAAAGUCAAACCCUGGGGCUGUCCGUCAAAAAAUAGCUUUUGGAAUUGUACUUGUCAACCCAGGCGAACACCCACUCGGCAAAGAAAUCCACCAUGCGGCAAAUACUAUAUCUGACAUGUUUCGCCGCAAAACAUCUUGUCCCACGCGAUGCAAGAUUUUCUUUUUGGACUCGGCUAUCCUGCAACAGAAUAUUCAACCCGAAGAUCCCACAUUUUGUAUACGGGAGACAUGGUCUGAGCUUGGUCGCCAGUACUACUAUGCCUGUCUUCGGUGGGGCUUGGAUGAAGACUCCAAAGACGACACUGCGGUAGAUACAAGCACCUCUUCCAUGGUCAAGAAUCACUUUGACAAAUCAAAUAGCCAUACUUUGCUUACACUCUCGGUGACUUUUGACGAGAGUGAGAUCCUAGCACUGGCCGAGAACACCACCCUCACCACCAACAGCGAUUUGAUAGACUAG